AUGUAGCUUACUUCCUUAAAAUUAAACAAGAAUAUGUCAUCUUCUAACAUUUUAAAUACGCCUUCAUAUAUAGAAAAUAUAUCAAUAAUUAACAAUCCGUUCAAAAAAACUUAGUAGAUGUUUGAUAAUAGUCAGAUUACAGAUAAUUAAAAGACUGUUGCAAAUAUAAAUGAUAACAGUGACAAGAUUAAAAAGAUAGAUUCGCAUGUAAAGAGGCGUAUUACGUCAAAUAAAAACACAUUAGCAACUCUAAAAGGAACAAAAUAAGGAUUUGCAGUAGAUCAAAUUAUUGAAUUGAAAUAAGUUGAUGAAGAAAAUGAGUAAAAUAUCUAAGCUAAUAGUUAAAAAAAAGAGGGAAAUAAAUUUAAAGAUUUAUUGAUGAUGCUAAAAGCUAAAAAUUAUUUUAAAUAAUGGAGAAAGUUUAUGCCAAGUAGAAUGAUGAAAGUAUUAAAUUCGUGGCAUUACAAUUUGUUAAGUGAUAAAACGAUAGAGUUUCAAAAUGAAAAAAAAGAUUUUUGGAGUAUAGACAAUUAUAAAGGAGGUAAUCAUUUGGAAAUGGUAUCGCAAAGAAUAGGAAAUAAUGAAGAGGGAUUUUACUAAUCAGAGCUUAAGUUAAUGAAUUAAUAUGAUGCUUAAAAAAAUAAAAAUAUGAUAAUAACGUUUUUAAAGAGCAUACCACUAUUUUCUAUUAGUGGAAAAUUCCGUUUGAUUUGGGAUAUUUUAUAAAUGAUAGUUAUUAUGGCAUUUAACGGCUUCUUGCCUCUUUAUAUCACAUUUAAUAUUGCAUUUUAUGAUAUUAUACAUCCUUUUUUUGCCUAUUUGAUGUAUUUUCUUUUACUAUUUGAUAUUCUUGUAAAUAUGAAUACAACAUACUAUGAAUAAGGUAAACAAAUUGUAGAUAGAAGAAUUAUAAUUUUAAAAUAUCUUUAAACAUCGUUCUUACUAGACUUAAUACCUAUUUUACCAAUUACUAUCGAUCUAUUUAUAGUUUAAUUUGACUAUACUAUAUUGAGAUUUAUAUUUUUAGUCUUUUUAAUCAAGUUAAAUAGGAUGUAUUCUAUAAUAGGAAAAAUAUAAGAUUAAUUUCAUCUUGUUUCUUCAAUCAGUUCAUAUAUGCAACUAUUUAAACUACUUAUAGUUCACUUACUCGUUUCUCAUUAUUUUGCUUGCUUAUGGUUACUAAUUGGAAGAGCGUAAAGUGAUUAAAACUGGCUUGUUAAACGUGGUAUUGAAAAUUAAGACUGGCCAACAUAGUACAUUAACUCUUAUUACUUUAUCACUUUAACAAUGAUAACUGUUGGUUACGGAGAUAUUACACCAAUGACAAAUAUCGAAAUAGGAACAUGUAUUGUUAUUAUGACCACAGCUUGUGGUGUAUUUGCGUAUUCAGUUAAUGAAAUAGGAACGCUUAUCUAAGAUCUAAGAAAAAACUAACAAGAAAUCAAAAAGAAUCUGCAAACAAUAUCUCGAUACAUGCACAAUAAAAACAUCUCCAAUGAAUUAAGGUAUGAAAUUAGAGAGUAUUUACUUUAUUAUUGGACUGAAGAAUCAAACAAAGAUGGAGAAAAAGAAAAUUUGAUUAUCAACCAGCUAAGUGAUUCACUAAAAGAAACUUUGAUAAUAGAAGCAAACCAUUUAGUGCUGAGUGAUUCACCUGUGUUUAGAGAUAAUUUUUCCCCAGAAAUUUUAAAAAGAACCGUUCCCUUAAUUAAAGAAUUUAGGUGUACUCCAGAAGAGAUUAUUUAUUUUGAAGGAGAAACUGAUGAAGGAUGUAUUUACUUCAUUGAAAAAGGUAGUGUUGAAAUAUACAUAGACAUAUCAACAGGCGCAAAAGAAUAGUUUAAACCUUUAAAGUAGCUUAAAAAAGGAGAUAAUUUUGGAGCUAUUGGAUUUUUUACUGGGUUGCAUCGGACUUAGAGUGUUAGAAGUUUAGAAUUUACAACACUAUUGAUGAUUAAAAGAGACGAAUUUUUGCAAAUUUUGUAAGAAUUUCCUUAAGACUAUGAAAGAUUUUGCUAUCUGAGAGAUAAAAUUAUGAUCGUUAAAGACUACUAAAAGCUAGGAUUAAGAUGCUACUCUUGUAGGAGCUUCAAUCAUCAACUAAAUGAUUGUCCCUAUUUACACUAUGUUGCAAAUCGCCACAAAGUAAUCAGAGAUGCUAAUUUUGGAUUUAACGAAAGAAAUAAAGACUUCCAAAGGAUAAAUAAGAUUAAAUAUCGAAGAACAUUAUCAAUUUAAUAAGAUAUAGAUUAACAAGCAAGAAUUUAUUAUGAAGAGAAUGAUUAAAUAAUAGAAGAGCUUUAUGAUCAUUUAGAAACUUUUGAGUAGACUUAGAAUGAAAACCCUAGUUACUUUAAAUUUGAAUCUAUUGGUGGUGGAGGAGGAGGAGUUUCGUCAAUAAAUUAAAGAGAUAGCUACUUGAAUUAAAUGUCUACAGGUUUAAAACAAGAAUAAGAAGAAGAUGUGAGAACAAGUUCAAUGAAAGUCGUUAGAAAAGGCAAGCAAAGAAACACCCUUCUUCCACAGCAACCAGUUUUUAGAUAAAGAUUAUCUUAAGAUGAAGGAAUGUUGGUUAACAUAACAUCAAGCUUUGCUCCUCCUUCACAUUAACCAGAUGUAAUUAAGAGAAGUAGUGAAAGAAAAGGAACUAUUUAAAUUACACAAAACAGACAAAUAAAUAAAAAACUUAGUAGGAUUCCAAGCUCUGAUAGUAAACAUAUAGAAAAAAAUAUUGAAAAGUAGGGCACUGAAAAAUAACUGACUCAUUUUGCUACUAAUUUGCUUAUGGAGGAGAAAUUGUUUAUAAUUGUUGAAAUAGAUUAGAUAAAAAAUUUUGCAUAUUACUUUCCACAUAAUAAUGUUGACAAGGUAUUGUCUUACAAAAAUAAGAAUAUUCAAAAAAAUAUUAACUUUUUGAGAAAUAAAAAACGCUCAAAGCGUAGUACUAUAAAAUCGUCAAAUAAAGUAGAAACUUCAAGUUUGAAUUCUCUAUAUAAUAAGUACGAGUAACAAAAAGAUGGUGAGGAAUUAGGAAAAUAGCAGUCUAACUAUUCAAAAUAUCACAGCAGAGGUUCUGUGUUUUCUAGAAGGUAAUCUAAUAAGCACAACUCUAACUUUACCCAGAGGUCUAGCAGAAACACUUUUAAAUUAAAUAAUGUUUCUAAUUAUUUGUAGAACGGGUAGAAUGAACAGAAUUAACAUGAUGUGGACGAAUUAUAAAACUAAAUAGUUAGUCUUAAAGAGAAUGAAGAAAAUUUGAAUAGUUAAACAAAAAUUAGUUUUAGGUCUGAUAUUGAUGUUACAAUGUCUUACCCUCUACCCAACGAUAUAAUUAGUUAAAAAAACAAUAUUUUUUCUUAAUUUGUCAGUGAGAAAUGGGGCUAAGAUUCAUUUGGGUAAGGACAUAAGAUUAACUUUCUUAAUCCUUCAAAACCUUAUUUUGAAGAGUAAUAAGGAAAUUAGAUAAGUCCAACUGUCUGA